CUUCAAUGUGCCCAUAGAAAUUACCUUUUUACAAUUUUUUUUGAUUUGAUUUGAUUUGAAUGUAUUUACAAGUACAAGCACUUUUCUAAGGUGAGUCAUCUUUGGUACAUGGAACACAUGUCAGGCUUGGAUUAGUGACUAGUGCAUGAAAAUCGAGAUAACAUAUCACAGGGGAUUAAUUGGCAGCGACUUAUUGAUGGCGGCCUUGAACGGAUCCCAGACCCUCGUGAGCCAGGGCUUGCGCACUCUGGAAUUGUGCGUGGAUAACCUCCAGCCGGAUUUCCUGUACGAGCACAUCCAACCCGUUCGUGCAGAACUGAUGCAAGCGCUUUGGCGGACUCUCCGCAACCCGUCGGACCAGAUUGCCCAUGUCGCUUUCCGAGUACUAGGCAAAUUUGGUGGCGGGAAUCGCAAGAUGAUGAUCGAACCCCAAGCCUUGACCUACACCGAGACCGAGAACCCCGGGCCUUGCAUCACGAUCCACUUCCCCGAGUACAAGCAGAGCAUCGCCAUGCCCGUCAAGAAGGUCAUUGAAACGGCCUUCAACGCGCUCAAGUCCUCCAGCACUGAGCCGGGUUUCUAUCGCAAGCAAUGUUGGGAGGUGCUCAAAUGUUAUCUCGUGUCCUCGCUCAAAAUGGACGAAGACAAAGCCACCAUGCUCAAGCUCCUGUCCCACACGUCAUUCCGCGAAGGCGCCAUCCCAUCCAUUGCGGGGCCCAACUACAAGUGCACGGACACCCAGGCUCGACAAGUCCACCAAAUGGCCCUCACGGGCAUGUUCGUGGCUGCCGCCAUCAAGGAACUCCGCCAAUCCGUGCUGCCCACCAUGGUGGCCUUGGUUCGUCACUACACCAUGGUAGCCAUCGCCCAACAGUCCGGGCCUUUCCCAAUGUCGGCCAAGCAAUCAAAGCUGAACGGCAUGGACCCGUUGGUGCUCAUCGACUCUCUGGCCGUGAUCAUGGGCCACGAAGAGAAAGAGCUUUGCAAACCGGGCCAUCUAGCCAUGGUGCUCAUUUUGGACACGGCCACCAAUAUCAUGGGAAGCAAAGAACGAGCUUGCCGUCUACCUCUCAUGGAGUAUAUGUCCGAUCGGAUGUGCAAUCUGUGCUAUGAGCGAGCUUGGUAUGCCAAAUUGGGCGGAUGCAUCGCGAUCAAAUUCCUAUUCGAGCGCAUGGAGAUCCGUUGGGUGUUUCUCCAUCAGUUCCACUUCCUCAAGGCUCUGCUCUUCAUCAUGAUGGAUCUGACGGAUGAGGUCUCCUCGGGAGCCGUGGACAUGGCCAAGUCCAACCUGGAGAAGAUGCUCACCUUGUGUGCCAAACCUGUUCAAAUCCCGGAGGGUGUCACCGAGGAGGAUCCGCGCAUCGUGGAAUUGCGCACCAUCCAAGAGAAGUCUCUACGGGAUGUGAUCAAUGAGCUGGUCCGUCAGGUGACCAGUCCUAACACAUGUGUUCGAGAGCGAGCCAUGGAUAGCUUGAAGCUGUUGGCCGAGAUUCAAGGGAAAGGCAUCACCGAGGUCAUGGACCCGCACAAGGAUGUGCUUCAAGACAUGAUCCCACCCCGCAAGCACCUGCUUCGCCAUCAGCCUGUGAAUGCCCAAAUUGGACUCAUGGAGGGCAAUACUUUUUGUACCACACUCAAUCCUCGACUCUUCACCAUAGACCUGAAAAUCAUGGAGCACAAGGUGUUCUUCACGGAGCUGCUCUCCUUGUGUGAGGCGGAUGACCAAUCGCUCCAGAAGCUACCCUGCUACAAGUCCAUCAGUAACUUGGUUCCAUUGAGGAAAUCCGCCUUAAAGGCCCUCGCGGCUUGUCAUUACAUUCCCGAAUGUCGCGACAAGAUCUUCAAUGUCAUCUAUAGCAAAGCCCUGAACAGCACCAACAACGAUCUGGUCGAAGCUGGUUACGAGUGCAUGAAGAAGUUCAUCAGUGGCUUUGAGGUGGACAUCAAACUAGUGACCGAGCUCACCAAACCCAUCAUCAGUAACCUGGCCGACUAUCGCAACCUGACGCAAAACAUCAUCGCCCGCUUGUGCUUCCUCGCCGAGCUUUUCCCCAAGGUGUUCAACGAGAAACUCUGCGAGCAACUCUUGCAAUUAUUGAAGAAAUGGCUCGAGAUCUCUAUCGUGGCGCACAAGCAAAUGCAACAGGGCAUCUCGAAGACCAGUUGGUUGCCCCAAUUGAAAGUGGCCGCUGCCAUCGUGAGGCUCUUUCAAAAGAUCCCGCCUUCUCACCCGCCUCAAAAGAUCAUCGAGAUGCUCUGUAAACUGAUCUUGACCACAGAGCGAAAUCUGUUGAUUGAACCCGGAAGCAUUUUGCGGGAGCCUCUCAUCGGCUAUCUGAUCAAAUAUCCGUCCGAGACGGUCGAAUACUUUACCAACGAUAUCACGGCCAAAGACCCGCAAAAUGGCCGAUUCAUCGAAUUCAUUAUGAAGCACCAAGAGGGCAAGGUGUUCCGCGAGGCCUUGAAACUGAAAAUCGGCAAACUCAUCGGCAUGAUCAUGGGCACGAAUCAACUUCCUACUCCCAUUCAGCAGCAGAACCAGCCCCAAAUCACGCCCAAAGAGCGGGCUGAUAUCCAAUUGGUCUGCAUACGGAUGGUUUGGGUCAUGGUGAAACAUGAUAGGGAAUGGAUCAAGGACCAACAAUCCCUCGUGGACGCCCUGAAGCGUGUCUGGAACCAAGAUGCCUAUCACGACAAAUACACGAAAGGCGACACCGUGGACUACUCACAAUGGAAAGGGCCAAAAGUGUUGGUUAAGAUCAUGCUCGAGUACUUCAAGCUCCACCAGAACACCGAGAUCUUGUUGCUGUUUCAACUGUUGAGAGCCCUGGUCGGACGCUACAUAGCGGAUUUCCAAUUCCUCAAAGACUUCCUCGAGAACGAGGUCUGCCAAGUGUACAGCACCCAAUGGAAACGCGCGGCCUUCUUCGAGUUUGUCCGAUUGUGGAACUUGGCCGAGUCGAACCUCUCUCAAGACUUGAAAGGCAAGAUCCUCCAGUUCAUUAUCAUUCCGUGUUUCUCGUUGAGUUUCGAACAGGGCGAAGGCGACUCCUUGAUCGGCAGCCCACCCUCCCCCGAUCAGGAUAACCCGGAAAACGUGGUCUCAACCUUCAUCAAUAGUAUCAUCGACCCGGAAUCGCCUUUUGGCACUUCGGACACAGUCCGGAUCCUCUUGCUCCAAUUCUCCUGCCUUCUGGUGGACCGGGGAGCCGCUCACAUUCACGACGCCAGCAACAAGAAGCAAGGCAACAAGCUAAGACGACUCAUGACUUACGCGUGGCCUUGUCUCUUGAGCAAGAACUGUGUGGACCCGGCCACGCGAUACCACGGCCAUCUCCUGUUGUCGCACAUCAUUGCCAAGUUCGCCAUCCACAAGCGGAUCGUGCUCCAGGUGUUCCACAGCUUGCUCAAGGCUCACGCCGUGGAGGCUCGCACGGUGGUGAGACAGGCACUCGAGAUCCUCACCCCCUCCAUGCCAGGCAGAAUGGAAGAUGGGAACACAAUGCUCACCCAUUGGACCAAGAAGAUCAUUGUUGAAGAUGGACACACCGGAUCCCAGUUGGUCCAUAUUCUGCAAUUGGUGGUCAAGCACUUCAAGGUGUACUACCCGGUGAGGCACCAUCUCAUUCAGCACAUUGUCAGCUCCAUCCAACGGCUGGGCUUCACUGCCACCGCCACCAUUGAGCAGAAGAAGUUGGCCGUGGACUUGUGCGAAAUCGUCAUCAACUGGGAGAAGCAUCGCGUCAAAGAGGAGAGCGAGGCCAACGCUGACAGUUCCAGUUCAGCCAGUACGGGUAGCGGCACCGGCGCUAGCAACGCGCCCACCACUAACCCCGCGGGAGGGGAGGUGGUUGUGGGAGGCGUGAAGCGCUCAGCCUCCACCGAUAUUGGCCCCGAGAUGAAGCGCAAGAUGCCUGGUUUGGCCCAGGUCAAAACCGUGACUAUGGGCGCGACGGGGGCUACGGCUCAUGUGACCACGACCGCCAGCAACAGCCGUGAAGACCCGAACAAACCUCUGAACAAGGCCCAUUGCGACGCUAUUGUGAACUAUCUCCUCCGAUUGGCGUGCCAAGUGAGCGAUGCUCAAGCCGGAACGGGUGGAUCGCCGGGUGAAAUGCUGUCUCGACGAUGUGUGGCUUUACUGAAGACGGCCCUCAAAGUGGAGGUGUGGCCCAAUUGCGAUCUCAAAUUGGGGGCUUUCGAGAAGAUCUUGGCCGGACCGCAGGGCGUAGACUCGAACCAACCCAAUUACGUGAACAUUUGCACCUGUUUGGACAUUCUCAGCUUCUUGCUCUCCAUCCUCCGGAAAGAUCAGGUCCUCACCGCCUUCAAGCCGCUCCAAAAGGCCAUCUCAACGUGCAUGAACUGCCCGAAUGCCAAAGUGAUCCGAGCCGUGCAUAGCCUCAUGUCCAGACUGAUGAAUCUCUUCCCCACCGAGCCCACCUCGUCCAACGUGGCCUCCAAACAUGAGGAACUCGAACAGCUCUACGCCAUGGUGAGUCGGGUGAUUUACGAGGGCCUCACCAACUAUGAGAAGAACUCUCAAGCUGCCACGUCCAGUCUCUUUGGGACGUUGAUGAUGUUGAAAGCGGCUUGCAUCAAUAACUCGUGUUACAUUGAUCGACUGAUCACCAGCUUCAUGAGGGUGCUUCUCCGCAUGUUCAAGGAGCAUCUGAACCCGCCCAACAAUGAGGGCACGGCUGCGGCCAGUGAAUUGCUCAUCUUGAGCUUGGAUUUGGUCAAGAAUCGCGUGGCUGUGAUGGGGAUUGACAUGCGGAAGUCGUUCAUUGGUCAGAUAUUGGUGGGACUAAUUGAGAGAUCCCCAGACGUGAAGGUCAUGAAAGCCAUCACGAAGAUGCUCGAGGACUGGAUGAAGAUCAAGGACGUGAAGCUCAUCAAUCAAGGACCCAGCUUGAAGGAGAAAUCCAUUCUUCUGGUCAAGAUGAUGCAAUACGUGGAGAAGCGAUUUCCGGAUGACGCCGAGCUGAAUGCUCAAUUUUUGGAGUUGGUUAAUUUUGUUUACCGAGAAGAUGCGUUCAAGAACUCCGAGCUCACUUCGAAACUCGAAGGUGCUUUCCUCGCCGGUCUCCGAUGCACCCAACCCCACAUCCGGGCCAAGUUCUUUGAGGUGUUUGACAACAGCAUGAAGAAGCGCCUCCAUGAACGGCUCAUGUACAUCAUCUGCUCUCAGAACUGGGAGUCUAUGGGACCGCACUAUUGGAUCAAGCAGUGCAUCGAGCUCCUCCUUUCCAUCGCCGUGGCCGGCCUCCCAAUCAAUAAUUGCACGCCCACCAGUCGAUUGCCUACCAUGACCACGGUGAUUGCCUUGGCUGAACCCGGCGACCGGAACGCCUUCGACGUGCUCAGUAGCAUCAAGGAGGAGCCCACGGACGUGGAAACCGUCGAGGCUCACGAUAAAGAGGAGGAACUCACCACCGAAAUGGACCUGGCCAACCACGCCGACUCCACGCUCAAGAAGGAAGGUCUUACUAAUCACACCACAUCGUUGAAUCAGCUCAUCAGCCGACAAUACAAGUUCCUCGAAUCCAUAGGCGAGGUCAAGACCAUCCACUUCCUCAAUGCCACGGCUCAAUUGGCUCACAUGGACAACGGACUGGCUGAAUACAUCUGGCUGAACCUGUUGCCCCGGAUCUGGAAGAUUCUGGCGGAUCGUCAACGAGAGACUUUGGCGGCUGAGGUCGUGACUUUCAUCUGCUCAGGGAUCCAUGUGGUCCAGAAGGAUUGCCAGCCUAGUGCAAUGAAUACCUUCUACGAGGCUCUCACCCUCUGUCAGCCCACCAUCGGCAUCAAACCCGCCGUGUUGAAGUACUUGGGCAAGUCCCAUAAUCUGUGGCACCGCGCGGCUCUCCAGUUGGAACAUUUGUCCUUCGAGGCCGUUCCGCCCGCCAACGUCAUCAAGACCCGGAAGGAUCCCGUGGAGCAAUUCGACUUUGAGCCGGUCAUUAGUCUGACCCCGCAACAAGAGGCCAUGGAUGCGCUGGCCGAAAUGUACGCACUCUUGCGAGAGGAGGACUUGGGCGCCGGGCUCUGGCAGAAGAAAGCACAGUACCAAGAGACGAACAUUGCCAUUGCUUACGAGCAACAGGGAUACUUCGAGCAAGCCCAAGGGGCGUAUGAACUAGCCAUGACCAAGUAUCGCAACGACCACACCACUCAGCCCAGUUCCAUCAAAAUCCAACAAGAGGUGCGUCUUUGGGAGGAGCAUUGGAUCAGGAGCUCGAAGGAGCUCAACCAAUGGGAGACGUUGCUCGACUACGGCAACACCCAGGGCGUGAGCAACCCGUUGUUGGUUCUGGAAUCCGCCUGGCGCAACAACCCCAAUUGGACCCUCAUGAAAGACUCCCUGACCCAAGUGGAAACGGGCUAUCCAAAAGAGAUGGGUUGGAAAGUCAACCUCUACAAAGGCUACUUAGCCAUCUGCAACACCGAGGAUGCUCAUCUACCCAUGGUGGAGCGUUAUGUCGAGCAAGCAUCCACCUUGUGCAUGAAGGAAUGGCGGCGUCUCCCCCACGUGGUGUCCCACAUUCAUUUGCCCUAUCUCCAAGCCGCCCAGCAGGUCAUGGAGCUCCAAGAAGCGGCCCAAAUCCACCAAGGAUUGCUCCAUGCUCGACAAAACUCGCUCCACGACAUGAAAGCCAUUGUGAAGACCUGGCGGAAUCGCUUGCCAGUCAUCUCUGACGACCUUUCCCAUUGGUCGGAGAUCUUCACGUGGCGCCAGCACCACUACCAGUUUAUCGCCAAUCACUACAACAAUGAGCAAGUGGACCAAGCGAGCAAUCAUAGCAUGCUCGGCGUUCACGCCUCCGCCCAAGCCAUCAUUCAUUUCGGAAAGAUUGCCCGCAAGCACAACUUGACGAGCGUGUGUCUGGAAUCCUUAUCCCGGAUCUACACCAUCCCGAGUGUGCCCAUUGUGGACUGCUUCCAAAAGAUCCGCCAACAGGUCAAGUGCUACGUCCAAACCGCCGUGGCUUUGGGCAAGAACGAGCUGCAAGAGGGCCUGGAGGUCAUCGAGUCCACCAAUUUGAAGUACUUCACCAAAGAGAUGACCGCCGAGUUCUACGCUCUCAAGGGCAUGCUGCUAGCCCAAAUCGGGCGAUCCGAGGAUGCCAACAAGGCCUUUUCCGCCGCUGUGCAAAUGCACGACACUCUGGUCAAGGCCUGGGCGCUUUGGGGCGAUUAUCUCGAGAGCAUCUUCACCAAGGAAAUGACCAAUGGCCAACCUCGAACCAUCAAAUUCGGAGUGGAGGCCAUCACCUGCUUCCUUCACGCGUGUCGCCAUCAGAACGAGUCAAAGUCACGCAAGUACCUGGCCAAGGUCCUGUGGCUCCUCACCUACGACGAUGAGAAUCUCGAAUUGGCCUCAGCUGUGGAGAAGUACAACAUCGGGGUGCCGCCGAUUCAAUGGCUACCGUGGAUCCCGCAACUCCUCACGUGCUUGGUGCGAAGUGAAGGCAAACUGGUCUUGAAUCUCUUGAGCACAGUGGGUCGGAUGUUUCCUCAAGCCGUUUACUUCCCCAUUCGAACGCUCUACCUGACCUUGAAGAUUGAGCAAAGAGAGCGGGUCAAGACCACGGGCGAUCAAGGUCAGAGCAUCACCGAGCGCAGGAGCUCGGACAGUCCCAGCCAGGCCCAAGACCAGGCCGGAGGGCCUCAAGGAGGUCAGGAAUCCGGUCCCAUUCGAGCAACGGCCUCCAUGUGGCGGUGCUCGAGAAUCAUGCAUAUGCAACGUGAUCUUCAUCCCACUGUCCUGUCAAGUCUUGAGGGUAUCGUGGAUCAAAUGGUCUGGUUCCGGGAGAACUGGUACGAGGAAGUCCUCCGUCAAUUGCGACAAGGGCUGGCCAAGUGCUAUCUUAUUGCAUUCGACAACCGCACCACGGUCAGCGACGCCCACAUCACCCCUCACACGCUGAACUUUGUCAAGAAACUCGUGUCCACUUUCGGCAUCGGCAUCGAGAACAUUUCCAGUUCGGUCAAUUCGUCCUAUAACUCGGCCGCCUCAGAAAGUCUCGUUCGACGAGCUCAAGCCAGUGCCCAAGAUCCCGUGUUCCAGAAGAUGAAGUCCGAGUUCACUUCGAAUUUCGAUUUCACGGUCCCCGGUGCCAUGAAGUUGCAGAACUUGAUCCAGAAGCUGAAGAAAUGGAUCAAGAUCCUGGAAGCGAAAGUGCGCGUCCUGCCCAAAUCGUUCUUGAUCGAGGAGCGUUGUCGAUUCUUGAGCAACUUCAGUCGGCAAACUGCGGAAGUGGAACUCCCCGGAGAGCUCCUACUGCCCAAACACUCCCACUAUCAGGUGUACAUUCAACGAUUCAUGCCCAAAGUGGAGACCGUUCAGAAGCACAACUCCGCAGCCCGACGUCUCUACAUUCGUGGCCACAACGGCAAGAUCUACCCGUACUUGGUGGUCAAUGACUCCGGGUUGGCCGAUGCCCGACGAGAGGAGCGGGUCUUGCAACUCCUCAGAAUGAUGAACCAUCUUUUAGGCAAGCAUAAGGAGACAUCCCGACGAUUCCUUAACUUCACCGUCCCGCGGGUAGUGGCCGUAUCGCCGCAAAUGCGUCUCGUCGAGGACAAUCCUCAUUCGGUGUCCCUGCUCGACAUCUACAAGGAUCGUUGCUUCAAGCGGGGCUUGGAGCACGACAAUCCCAUUGCCAAGUACUACGAGCGGCUGGCCACCGUUCAAGCCAAGGGAUCUCAAGCCAGUCACCAAGUGCUCCGUGACAUUCUCAGCGAGGUCCAACGUAGCAUGGUGCCCAAGAGCCUCUUGAAAGAAUGGGCUUUGGUCACAUUCCAGUCCUCCACCGACUAUUGGACCUUCCGUAAGGUGUUCACGCUUCAACUGGCUCUCUCGGCCUUUGCUGAAUAUGUCCUACAUUUGUCGCGGCUCAAUCCGGACAUGAUGUACAUCCACCAGGAUUCUGGCCUCGUCAACAUCUCGUAUUUCAAGUUCGACGUUGAUGAUGUGAACGGGGAUCUGGACAGCAAUCGUCCGGUGCCAUUCAGGCUCACGCCCAACAUCUACGAGUUCCUCACCGAAAUCGGAGUUCGGGGCCCGCUCACGGCCUCCAUGAUCAGUGCGGCGCGGUGCUUCGUUCAUCCCAACUUCAAGAUUCAGGCUAUCCUGCGGGCCAUUCUUCGCGAUGAAAUGAUCGCGUUCAACAAGAAGACGGAUGCGGGUUCCAAUGGCGGAUCAGUUUCGGGUGCGGCCUCGGGUGGCACGGCUGCUACGGGUCCCAACGAGGCUAAUACAGACAUGCGGGAUCGCGAGUUGGUGAUCACGAUGGUGACCAAAGCUGUGAAUGCGAUCACGCAGAGAUUGUCCAGUUUGUCGGUGUUUGAUGGAACCGAUUCCAAGGUAGGGACUUUGGUGGCCGCGGCCAAUUCGCACGAUAACCUGUGCCGUAUGGACCCAGCAUGGCAUCCUUGGCUGUAAAGUUUUUUUUUCUUUCAAAUUAUACACAUAUACCUACAUAUAUACAUAUCUAUCUAGAUAUUACCCAUUCAUAUUGUGAACAAACGGCUUAGUACAAACCAUCCAACUCUCAGAUAACGCAUUUCCACCCUAUAUUAAUACACCUCUCAAACAAACGA